AUGACAAGGAAAGUUAUCAAUCCUUGGGAUAUUCCUCCUGGGAUUGAUACAAAUCAUCGAGUUAUUCACAUUAUGAACUUACCUCCUGGUAGUAAUUGGGCCCAAAUUAAGCCAUAUUUUUUCAAUUUUCCAAUUGAAUUUGCGCAUUUCUUUGGAAAUCAAGCACUUCUUCAAUUUGUAACAUCAAAAGAUGCUAGAAAUUACAUUCAAAACGAAAGAAAGAUCAUCGACGAAUUAAAUGUAAAAAUAGAAUUCUCAAUUAUACCAGAAUUGAUAUAUGAUGAUUUUGAAUCUAUUCCUGGCGCAUCACUUGUUAUUUGUGUACAAGUUAAUAGGCUCAGACUCUACUUAGGAAUUUAUGAUAUAUACGAUCAGUGUUCGCUUUUCGGUACAGUAGAUAAAAUCAUCUGUUUUGAGAAGAGUGGUAAGUUUGCUCUUGUCCAAAUGCAUACAAUUCAAGAUGCUGGACUUGCAUUAUAUAAUUUAUCAAAUUGUGAAAGGCAUAAUCCCUCAUUCAAGCUGAGAAUACAAUUUUCAAAGAACCAUGAUAUUGUCAUUAAAUUUAAUAAUACAAAAAGCUUUGAUUUCACUCAGCCUUCUGCAAGAUUAGAAUUUGAACAAAAUAGAGAGAUUGCAAUGUCUGAAUUAGGCUUCUUUGAGCCAGAGCGUGAUGAAUCCAUUCCCCAACAGUUUGAUUUAUUUAGACCUGUUGAUUUUGACCCAAGUUUUUCAAAUUGUUGUUUAGUUCGAGGUUUUCAUGUAACAACCAACCCUUGUGAUUCUAUUUAUGCAUUAUUUAGGCAAUAUGGUAGAAUAACAUCUGUAAGAUGUUCAGCAGUUCGUGGAAAUGGUUCGAUUUCUCUUGUUUUCUUUAAAGAAAGCUUUUGUGCACGAAUGUCCCAAUACAUGCUACAGAACUUGAAUAUAUCUAAUGAUACUCUAGCUAUUGAACUGGUCACAGAAGCUGAAAUUCCUUCUCUUGGAAUUGAAUUAUCAAAAGAUUAUAGUAAUCUAUCAGAAUCAUAUGAAGAAUCUUAUUGUCCGCCUUCCAAAUAUGUUAGGAUAACUCCUAAUCCUGGAAAUCUUGAAAAAUUCCAAAACUCAGAUGGAAAAUUAAUAAAUGAUGGAAUUGCUGAGUUUUCUUCAAUAGAAAAUGCUUCUCUCUUCAUUACUAUGAAUUCAUUGAAAGAUUUGAAUGGAGAGAAAUACUAUAUAACUUAUUUUGAAAAAGAUUUGUGA